GCUACCUCAUGCCAGGCUUAAAGCUGAGGGAAAAGUCAGGGCAUGUCUACAAUGAACAGCCAAGGGCUUGCAGGUUUGAAAGCAGAGAGGAGUUAAGGAAAAAGUCAGACCAUGUCUACACUGAACACAGAAGGACAAGGGCAUGCAGUCCUUUUCAACUUUCUCACCAAAGUUGGACUGAAGAAAUUUUAUCCCAACAAGCUUACUCUUCGGUCUCUCUUGGAAAUAAAAAAAAACAGCUUAUCUGAUGAAAGUGUUCAAUCAGUAGAGGAAAUACCAUGGUGUUUUCUCAGAAAACUCUUCAAAAUCAAUGCUGAAUGCAGAAGCUGUACACAGUUAUCAAAUAAUGAUGAUGAAGAGGAAAAUGAUUCUUUUGACCUUGACCUUUACACUGCAAAUGACUCUGCAGAGCAUAAUGAGGUUAACCCUAUCGACCUCAUAGUAGCACUCUUCCUCUGUGCUGACAGCCUCUUGCAACAGGAAAUGGCCCUCAAGAUGUCAAUGUGCCAGUUUUCUGUCCCACUGCUGUUGCCCCAUGGAAAUAACAGUCAAUGUACGCUGAUGCUGUGGGCUCUGAGAGACAUUGUCAAAGAGUGGCGUCCACAUGAUCUGUCUGAAUCAAAAGGGUUUAAAGAAGACAACAUUGUCCAAGCAGAUAUACCAUUCUAUUCCUUUGUGAGGCUGAAAAACUGCAGUUUAUCCAAGUCCCAGGUUUUGAAUCAUAUUCUCAGCCUUGGGCAGCAGAAUCACAACAUGUUCAUACACAGAGAUAUGAAAGGAGGGGCAAAUGAAAAGGAAAUUGCCAAUGGUUUGGUUGAGGUUUGCUGGCACCUUCCUUGUGGCAGAGAAAAUCUUGACAUAUUUCCAGAGCCAGUUGCCUUUGCUAAUUUGCGAGGAGAUAUUUGUGAGUCACUCACACAAUUCAGUUUUCUUUUUCAAGUGUCGACUGCUACCUUUGUAUUCCUGGAUAAAGUUGAAGAAAAUGAACACAAGAUUCUGACUUCUCUUCAAGAUGUUAAAUCUAAACUGUUCUUUGUUAUCAACAAAAAGGUAGAGAAUUCUGAGGACACAAUGUCUGUCAAGAAAACACUGAAAGAAAUAGAUUUAUCAAACAGCCGUGUGAAAAUCAAAGAACCAAGAAUAAAUGUUGUAAGGUUUUCUGAGAAACUUUGCACAGCCAUCAAGAAAUCACUGACAGAUGUAACAACCACAACAAACAUUGAAAAUAUGCUUGACAAAGUUGUUGAACUUGGUCUGUUUGUGGAUGAAUGCACAGGUGAUGACCAAAAGAAAGUAGCUGAGGAGAUUAUGAAAGGAAUUGGGGUGCAAAGUGUACCAGACUACAAGAAACAACAACUUCCUUUGCAAGGAGAUAAAUGGAAAAGGUUAUCACAGUUAGAAAUGGAAGAAUGUAGGUUAAAGAAUGCUGGUAGUGUUGGAUUGGAAGAAUAUAAAUCUAAGCUACAGGAAGAAAAACAACAGAUUAUGAAGGAUCUUGGUGAAAACAAACUAUCCACAGCUAUGAAGAGUUUUAUUGAACAGUUAUCCAAAAAUGACAAUGUCCAAAGAGAUUUUUUCCUUAAAUGGAUGAAAAUUAAGCUGAAUGCACAUUUGCGGUUUCAACAAUCUUCACUGCGUCAGAAAUUGAUAGAGCACAGCAAGAAAGGGGAAAAAGACGUGAAUGAGAUUGCAAAGUUGGAUCAGGCUUUGCUGGAUAGCUCAUUAGGAAUAGAGCAUUACAUGAGAGAGUUGGGAUUGGUCUAUGAGUUUUCCUUUCAGUCACGUGAAGAUGCUGAUAAAAUAUCUCAUCUCCCUGCUUUGGCUGCUGAAAUGCUGUUGGAUGGAUAUCCUUUAGAGCUCUUGGAUGGAGAUGCUUCAAACAUCCCAGAGAGAUGGGUGACAGAUGUACUAAUGGAGCUUCACAAGAAGGUUGGAGAGAAGAGCAGACUGUUGGUACUGACUGUGUUGGGUGUUCAAAGUAGUGGGAAGUCAACACUCCUCAACACCAUGUUUGGUGUGCAGUUUCCUGUCAGCAGUGGCAGAUGCACAAGAGGAGCUUAUAUGCUCUUCCUCAAAGUAGGUGAGGAUAUGCAAUGUAAGCUUAACUGUGAAUUUAUAGUUCUCAUUGACACAGAGGGUCUUAAGUCUCCUCAUUUGGCUCUACUAGAUAACAGUUAUGAGCAUGACAACCAGUUGGCAACCUUUGUCAUUGGUUUAAGUGAUGUAACCAUUAUCAAUGUCACAAUGGAGAACUCAACAGAAAUGAAAGAUGUCCUGCAAAUUGCAGCUCAUGCUUUCUUGAGAAUGAAGAAAAUCGGUAAAAAAACUGUUUGUCAUUUUGUUCACCAGAAUGUUUCUGAAGUUUCAGCUCAUGCAAAGACCAUUGCUGAAAGAAAACAUCUCUUGGACCAACUCAAUGAAAUGACACAAAUUGCAGCUGAAAUGGAAAAGCAGACUUCCAUACAGGCAUUCACAGAUGUGCUGGACUAUGACAUAGAAAAAAACAACUGGAACAUCCCAGGACUCUGGCAUGGGACCCCACCAAUGGCACCAGUGAACACAGGUUACAGUGAAGCUGUUGCAGAUUUCAAGAAAAAUCUUUUGGAGAUGGUGACAAGUGACAGAAGUGAUAAUGUUUCACAGAUCCCAGAGUUUCUGCAAUCUUUGAGAAGUCUCUGGAAAGCAGUUAAAUAUGAGAACUUCAUCUUUAGUUUCAGAAACACUGCUGUGGCUCAGGCGUACGACAACCUUUGCAAAGAGUUCAGUCAGUGGGAAUGGGAGUUCAAAAAAGAGAUUCUUGCUUGGCAGGGAGAAGCAGAAUUGGAACUGUUAAAUUCUGUUAACACCUCAGAGCUUCACCAUUUGAAUGAACUGAUUGAAUUAAAAGAACAGGUGUCCCACAAAAUAGUAGACCAACAAAUAAUAAUGAACUCGAAACUAAAUCAAUACUACAAAAAGAGGGACCGACAUGUGAAUCUGAUAGAGAAGUACAGAGCUGAAUUUUUCAACAGUAUCAACAGUCUUGCAAAAGAAAUCCAACGUUCAGUAAACAAUAAAUUGGAUUGUGCACUUGACCUACGAAAAAGUACUAAAGAGGCUGAGGACAUUCAAAGAAAAAACAGAGAAAUCAUUGAAGAACAAGUUAUGAAACUUGUUAGUGACUUCAAAAAAGGUGGACUUUCUGACAAACAGUUGGAACAUGAGUUUGAAAAGAUGUGGACAGAAGUCACUGUAAAUGUGUCUGGCCUGAAAGAAAUAGAUAUAUCUGGCAGCGUCCUCAAUCAAUUGAAAAAGAAUUUCCUCAAUCAUAAUGUCAAUGAGGAUUUACAUAACAUUGGGGACCUAAAUGACAUUGGGAAGUGUCCAUUUGAGGCAAAACCUGAACAUAUAGAUACGACAAUAAACACUGAUGACAUUACAGAUGGGAACUUGAAAAAAGAUAUAAUGAAAGACUUUCAGAAUUUUGCAGAAAAUGUAAUUCAGUCAUGCAAAUGUUUUGUAACAGAUACUGCAAAUAAAGACACAGAUUACAAUGAUUAUUUUACAAAGGAGCUUCUGGAAAAAGUAGACGAAUCCCUUAAAUGCUGCAAGUGUUGCACACCCCAGUUUGAGAUUGACCUGAAGCUUCACAUUUGUGGCAUUGCCUCAAAAGAGUUCCUUGAAAUGCACAGAAAAUUCUGGUCGGAUAGGGAUCCGAAAAUUCAGCUAGAGAAGUACAAACCUCAGUACUGGUUAGAUUUUCUUGAUUUAUACAAACAGAGAGACGAUUGCCAACGCAAAGCAACUGAUUUUGUCAAGUUUUGUAUCAAACCUGCUGUUGAAGAGUACAUCAGUAGAUCUCUUGGAAUAGACAUUGUGGAUAAAAUUCUGACAAGUUGCCAUUCAGCAGAGUACAGUUCCCGCUCCUUUUUCCAGUACAACAUUCAGAAAGAGUUGCUGCAAAAGGAAGACUUUGACACAUUUUUCAGGUACAUUUCUAAGUACGAAAUAUAUAUUAGGGAUUGGAUAUUUCAGCACAUCCUGCAAAAAAUGUCAGAGGACAAAACUUUGUGCAAACUGAAAAAUACGAAUCUGGAGGUCAUCGUUCACAAAAUAACAGAAGCAAUAGAACGGGCCACAAAAGGAAAAGAUGGUGUUCUGCUGCCAGAUAACAAGGAAAGCAUCACAGAACUCAUCAACAACAUGAGCAGAUAUUUGAUCAAAGACAUCUCAAUUUCAGUGGAGGCUGAAAAAACCACCCUGUUUCAAAUCCAAAGCACUCUCCAUCCAUUUACACAGAGCCUCAAUAAAUCAUUGAGUGAACUGAAUAAACAGUUACAGGAGGAAUUCUCCAACUCUGAAAACAUCACUGAGACUCUGAACAAACUUCCUAUCAAACCACAAGAUGAACUUUUCAAGAGGGUGUUUGGCUGUGGACGUCGGUGUCCAUUUUGUAAAGUUCCUUGUGAGGCUGAAGGCAAAGACCACAAGAAACAUCAUGCAGCCAUUCAUCGCCCACAAGGUCUUGGUAUGGUUAUGUACAUAGAAACUCAGAAGCUAAAUGAAACACUGUGUACAACUCAGGUGCAAACUGAACGUAAAUUCAGUAACACAGACACUAAGGGGGAGUGGCAUCCUUAUAAGGAGUACACCACAUACUAUCCAGACUGGCACAUUCCUCCUGACCCCACCAUAGAGGCAUCUGACUACUGGAAGUAUGUCCUGGUACAAUACAAUGACAGAUUUGCUCAAGAAUACAAAGCCAAUCCAGCUGAUGUUCCAAAGGCCUGGAGGAGAAUCACAAAGGAACAAGCACUGAAAGGGUUAAAAGAUGCCUAUAACAUAAAAUGAACAAUAUACAGUCCUGACAAAUAUCUUUCCACAAGUAUCUAAACAUGCAAGAAUCUUAGAUGUAGAAUCUGAAGAAGACCAAAAGAAUAUGGUGACAGAAUACUUUAAGCCAUUCACCAGAACAACUUAGCUGUGAACAGUACAAGCAGUCACUGUAGGAACGUUAAUUUGACAUAAACAGGGACUUUUUAUGUAUUUUUCUGUGGCAGCAAACACAACACACAGCUGUUCAGUAACUAUUAUACUGCAACCUGAACUUAUAUACACACGUCAUGGCUGACUAAACUCAUGUCAUUAUCCCUCACAC